CUUUAUCGUCUGCUAUUACAAAUAUAAAAAAGAAAGGCAUGCAAGCCAAUUCAGAAUGUCGAUAUUUUGUAAGGGAAUAUGAACUGAACGAUGGUCAAAUUUUAAAAAUUAAUCAGAAUGAAAUUGGAGAUGUUGGGUGUGUUGUUUGGGAUGCUGCUAUUGUUCUUAGCAAAUAUAUUGAAAGCCAAUCGUUCAAAAAUAUAUUGACGCUGGAUGGUUCGAAUAUCUUAGAAAUUGGAGCAGGUACUGGCCUAUGUGGAAUAGUAUCAUCAUGUCUCGGAGCUCAAACUACAAUAACCGAUUUACCUCAAUUUCAAAAUCUUAUCAACAAGAAUAUUAACGAAAAUAAACACUUGAUCAAAGGGAAAGCGAAAUUUCAGGUAUUAGAAUGGGGAAAAGAUUUAGAAUUAUUUAAAAAAGACGAGUUCCAAUGUAUCCUUAUGUCCGAUUGCAUUUAUUAUGAUGAGUCAUUAGAACCGUUACUUACAACUUUAAAUCAGUUAUGUAGUAGAGAUACAAAAAUAUUCUGCAGUUUCGAAAGAAGGGAUACCGAACAUAAGAAAAGAUUAGAGAAAGAAUUUUUUAAGGCUCUGGGAAAAGAUUUUAAAUUCUAUACGAUCCCCAUCAGCGAACAAGAUAAAGUCUACUCGUGUGACGACAUUGUUAUUUUAGUUGUUGAGAAAAAGCAGUAGCUUUGAAGCUUCGUAUCAUCAUGCUUAGCCAAAAAAACUUACUUAUUUUGCGAAACAAUAUAUAAUUUAUUGCAGUGAUAAUAGUUAGGUGAUAUAUUUCAUACUGCCGCCAUAUUAAAUGAAUGGAUUAAAACAAUAAGCCACCGUUUUCUUUUAAUAGCCGAUUAAAGCAACAAAAUAAUGUAUUGAACUGCAUAAUUUUACAAUUCAACUUAGCAACAAAAAA